GAGUGAUGGGGAACUCUGGUGUGCCACCACCAGCAACUAUGAUGUGGAUAAGAAAUGGAUGUACUGCAAUGUGACAGGACCAGAUAUAAGCAAGGAAGCUCCCAAAUGUGCCUUUCCAUUCAUCUUUGAGGGCAAGUUGUAUAUGAAUUGCACUGCAAGUGGGCGGAAUGAUGGGAAGCUGUGGUGCUCCACCACCAGCAACUAUGAUGUCGACAAGAAAUGGAUGUUCUGUGAGGACUCAGGUCCAGAUCUGAAGGUAGAGAGUCCAUCUUGCACCUUCCCUUUCAUCUACAAGGGCAACUCCUACAGCACAUGUACUACAGAGGGCAUGAGUGAUGGGAAACACUGGUGUGCCACCACCAGCAACUAUGACAAGGAUGAGAAAUGGAUGUACUGCAAUGUCACAGGACCAGAUAUAAGCAAGGAACCUCCCAAAUGCAUCUUUCCAUUCAUAUUUGAUGGCAAGAAUUACAGCAGCUGCACAGAAGAUGGACGGACUGAUGGGAAGCUGUGGUGUGCCACCACUGCCAACUAUGAUGCAGAUAAGAAAUCAAUGUUUUGCACCAUCACAGAAACAGGCUGUGUCUUCCCUUUUAUCUAUAAGGGGAAACCUUAUGAAAGCUGCACCACCCUGGAUAAACAUGAAGGAAAAGCUUGGUGUGCUACCACUCCAGACUACCAAACCGGCUUGAAAUGGAGAUUCUGCAACCAAUUGGACUGCGUCUUCCCCUUCAUCUUUCGUGGCAAGUCAUACGACAGCUGCACCAAAGCAGGACGCUCAGAUAAAAGGAGCUGGUGUUCCCUCACUAGCAAUGCUGACACUGACAACAGAUGGAUUCUUUUGUGUCCAAAGGAGCUGACUAACCAACUACCUGGUCUUGCUGAGAUGUUUGUAGUUUUAGUUUGGAUGUUCCUGACUCUGAAUGAUGAGGAUGUCAACGAAAAAGAAGACCAACAAAUGAACCAAGUCCAGCUGUCUUUUUCCUACUUUGAUGAGUUUCCCCCUCCAGGCUGUGUUCUCCCCUUCCUUUUCAAUGGCAGAUACUACUCUUCGUGCACCACUGAUGGCAGCCCUGACCAACAGCUGUGGUGUGCCACAACUGAAAACUAUGACAAGGAUCGUAAAUUGAAGCCAUGUGCUCUUAGAGAAUAUGGAGGCAACUCGAAUGGAGCAGAAUGUGUUUUCCCCUUCAGCUACAAAGGCCAUACUUACUACACCUGCACUAACAAAUUCGAAAUAAGAGGGCGCUACUGGUGUGCUACAACAGGAAGCUAUGAUAAGGACAAGCAGUGGAGCUUCUGUGCUGACACCAGACUAGAUGCAAAUUUAGCUACAGGGCCCUGCAGGUUCCCUUUCGUCUUCCAAGGCAAGUGGUACAAAGCUUGCACAACAGAUGGGAGAUUCGAUGGGAAGCUCUGGUGCUCUCUUGUCACCAACUACGAUGAAAAUCCGACGUGGGCAUACUGUGAACCCUCAAAACCUGCCUCCUGCGUCUUUCCCUUCAAGUUUAGGAACAAGUCAUACUCCUCGUGCACCAAAGAAGGAAGUUUUGAUGGGCAGCUGUGGUGUGCCACAACUCCAGACUAUGACAAAGACAGCAGUUGGAAAGGAUGUUCCCUCCAAGAGUAUGGAGGGAAUUCCAAUGGCCAGCCCUGCUGGUUCCCUUUCACCUUCAACAACCAGACAUUUGAUGCCUGCACCAAUGAGGAUGACAACGGCGAGAAGAAUGGGGGAUACUGGUGUUCCACUACUCCAAACUACGAUGAGCAAAAGCUAUGGAGCUUCUGUGCUGACACAAAUUUGAGAAGUGGGGAAGUUUUAUUACCAGAUUUGAAAAAACAAGAAGAUUAUCAGCCAAGCGAGACCGGCAACUAUCAGUAA